AAUAUUUUUUUUUUUUCCUUAGCUUUACCAGUCAAAAAUCUGAUGACGACUAUGAAGACUAUGCUUCUAACAAAACCUGGGUCUUGACCCCUAAAGUUCCUGAAGGAGAUGUCACUGUCAUCUUAAACAACCUGCUGGAAGGAUAUGACAACAAACUUCGACCUGACAUAGGAGUUAAACCAACAUUAAUUCACACAGACAUGUACGUUAAUAGCAUUGGCCCAGUGAAUGCUAUCAAUAUGGAGUAUACAAUUGAUAUAUUUUUUGCCCAGACAUGGUAUGAUAGACGCUUGAAAUUUAACAGUACCAUUAAAGUCCUCCGAUUGAAUAGCAACAUGGUGGGGAAAAUCUGGAUCCCAGAUACUUUCUUCAGAAACUCCAAAAAGGCUGAUGCGCACUGGAUAACUACUCCUAAUAGGAUGCUGAGAAUUUGGAAUGAUGGUCGAGUGCUCUACACCCUAAGACUGACAAUUGAUGCUGAGUGCCAGUUACAGUUGCACAACUUUCCAAUGGAUGAACACUCCUGUCCCCUGGAGUUCUCCAGUUAUGGCUAUCCACGUGAAGAAAUUGUCUAUCAGUGGAAGCGUAGUUCUGUGGAAGUGGGUGACACAAGAUCCUGGAGGCUUUAUCAGUUUUCAUUUGUUGGAUUGAGAAAUACCACUGAAGUAGUGAAGACAACUUCUGGGGACUAUGUGGUCAUGACUGUCUACUUUGAUCUGAGCAGAAGAAUGGGGUAUUUCACCAUACAGACCUACAUACCCUGCACGCUUAUCGUGGUCCUGUCCUGGGUGUCCUUCUGGAUCAACAAGGAUGCUGUUCCAGCCAGAACAUCUUUAGGUAUCACGACUGUCCUGACAAUGACCACCCUCAGCACCAUUGCGCGCAAAUCUCUCCCCAAGGUCUCCUAUGUCACAGCAAUGGAUCUCUUUGUGUCUGUUUGCUUCAUCUUUGUCUUCUCUGCAUUGGUGGAGUAUGGCACCCUGCAUUAUUUUGUCAGCAAUAGGAAACCAAGCAAGGACAAAGACAAAAAGAAGAAAAAUCCUCUUCUUCGGAUGUUUUCCUUCAAGGCCCCUACCAUUGAUAUCCGCCCAAGGUCAGCCACCAUUCAAAUGAACAAUGCCACUCACCUUCAAGAGAGGGAUGAAGAGUAUGGGUACGAGUGUCUGGAUGGCAAGGACUGUGCCAGCUUCUUCUGCUGCUUUGAAGAUUGUCGCACAGGGGCCUGGAGACAUGGGAGAAUACAUAUCCGCAUCGCCAAGAUGGACUCCUAUGCUCGCAUCUUCUUCCCUACGGCUUUCUGCUUGUUCAAUCUGGUGUAUUGGGUCUCUUAUCUUUACCUGUGAGGAGGUAUGGGUUUUAUUGAUCUGGAUCUUAUUCACUGAAUCUCAUGGAAAUAAGAUGUCCCUUGUAAGUCCACUUCAAAAAUCCCCUGUGUGGUUGAUAAUGACCUGAAUUUGUUUCUAUGUCCUAACCUGGUAAAUCGUACAAUGUCAUAUCGUUUGUGCCCAACUCUCCUUUGGUUAGUAUAAUUUGAACUUUAAUGUUUGCUGUGUUUCAUACCUGCAAGGCAAAGGAAAAUUAGAGCAAGAAUGGAAAACAAGCAAGGUAUUUUUCAUCUAUAGCAACUGAAAUAGUGAAAGCUCUUCCUGUUUAUAUUGACCAGAGUCCUUACUUGAUUCAUAAAACAGUUAGAUACCAAGGUCCAAAACUGUAUCCUAAGUUCAUUCGGGGGCAAGUUGUGGUAAAUUUGGAUAUAAUGAACACAAUGAACUCCCUCAUUUGAGAAUAAUCACAAGCCUAGACUAGAAAUCUCUUAUUCCUUCAUUCCAUGAUAGGAAGAAAAUUUCCUCCACAUCACAUGUACAAUGAUGUAAAUAUUUCAAUAAUGUAGAAUGCUUCAAGUUUAAUGCAUGCAUCUCUUUAGAGCCAAAAUAAAUGGAUUGAAGUUAUCUUCAUAAAGUAUUGUCCUUUAUUUUGUGUCUUUGAGUUAUAAGAGAAUCAUGAAUGUAAUUAUAAGGAUUUGGGUUUACAAUUGGAGGGAGGAAUUUCCAUUGCCUUCUCCCUCAUGCAUGAAGACUCAGUUUAUUUUUAUUUCUUGUAUGGCAUAUUAAAAAACACUUUGAGUAAAAUAUAGGCUGAAUAAUUGACAUUUGCCAACUCUAAAUAUGCCCAAUUUCACAAGUAAGCUAUAAAGUAAUCAUAUGUGCUUGCCGCUAUUUUUUCUUCCAGUUAGGAUGCUAGAUCAUAGCAGACUUACUCUCCAUCUCAAGAUCUGCUUCUAGUGACUGUUAGUGCCUUGUGGGCAGAAUCCUUGUCAUUUCUUCUUUGGGUCCUCAGUACCUUGCAUAAUAUUUGACAUACAGUCAGUGCUCAAUAAAUAUGAUUUGCGAUGAGUUGCCUUCAUAAACUUCUGGUGAAUCUCUCCGUGCUGCCCCGGAAUGAGUGAUUCAUCCAUUCAUGUUGGCACUGUCAAGUGAUGCUUGAUUUUGUAGACAUAACCACAGAGGAUCCAAAGAUCUUUGGUUAUUAUGUUCAUCUUCAAAAAUUUGUUUCAGGUAAAGUCUGCACUCCUUUUAAAAUAGUAUCUAUGUUCUAUAUUUGUGUACAGAAAUGACUAAGAGGGCAUAGAGUUUAUAAUAUUUUUUUUUCCAGGUUUGGGUGUGAGUCAAUUCUGAUCCCUUGAAAAUUCUAUUUGCAAAUUUACGCAAGGCAAAAGCAAGAUUCAUACCUGACUGUCAUUCAGAAUGUAGUAUUCUAUGCUCUGUGAAAAAAGUAUACAGAGAUUAAACUAAAAACCAAAUGAAAAGACGAAUGGCCCACAUGGAGGUCAUUGAGCCUAUGAUUGUGGCCCCAUGAGACUAUAUUGUAAUGAAAUGAAGUGAUUGUCCCAGACGUCAAAUGUAAUGAAUUGAGUCUUAUAUUUAUAUACUUACCUGAGUCCUUAUUUUUCUAAAAUAGUACCCUUUGUUGGUUCUUCUUUAUGCAAUCAUUACUCUAAGUCAGAGUUUAAUAAUAGCUAGUGUAACUUUAUAGAUAAUCUGAAAAAAAAAGUAGAAAGAAGAGAGAGACUUUGUGAAUAUAAAACCAUGUAAAGUCAUCUGGAUGAAUCUUGAAAUACAUUUAGCUGCCAAUUUUGCAAUGUUUAAUAUAUCAGUGCUCUCAUAUUUAACCUCAAACAAAUGUAAAUAGAAUGAAUUAUUUUCUUGUUUUAAACCGUCAAGAUACUAAAUGUUGACUCUUUGGGAGAGUUGUUGGCAAAUUUCAAUGGUGAGAAACAUGUUAUUAUUGUCAACUUGAAAUGUGUUCUGUAAUGGGGACACUAAAAAAAGCUAGCUUUCCAAUGUGUGCAUAGUAUUGGCAACAUGGAUAUAUAGUAUAUAUAAUCUAAUUCUUAAUUAUCAGCUGCACCCUGUCGCUGUAAUUGAAAGCCUUUUCACAAAAGGAAUUGCCUAAUGUGGACUUUUACAAUAAAAAUCCCGAAUUCUAAUCCUGGUAGCAUCUCA